CUGAGGGAGCUAGAUAGUGUUAUAAUGGAUAUCGACCGAUUGGUGUCUUCAAUAGAAGAUAUGAUGCCCCAUGAAUUGCUCAUGUCGUCUAAGCGUUGCAUCUUCAAAACCCCUGUCAUUCUCUUCAGGCACAAUAAGAAAGCUUAUAUUCCAGAUGCAUUUUCUAUUGGGCCUCUCCAUCAUGGCAGUCCAAACUUGAAAGCCACAGAAAAAAUUAAAGCCAAGUAUUUGCAAGGCCUUAUCUCUCGAUCACCUUUUCCAGAUACAUUAAUGCUAAGAACUCUCAUCCGUUCCAUCAUGGAGGUGGAGAAAGAGGCUCGUGAGUGUUAUGCUGAAGCAGUCAAUUACAACCCAGAAGAACUAGUGAAAAUUUUGGUAAUUGAUGGUUGCUUUAUAAUUGAGUUGUUCCGCAAGAAAACUUGUCAGGAGCUUAUAGAAGAAGAUGACCCUAUUUUCACCGAGUCCUGUAUGUUACAAUUUCUAUGGCAUGACUUUAUAUUGCUAGAAAACCAAGUCCCUUGGAUGGUAAUUGAGAUUUUGUUCAACUUGACAAAGUUUUCAAACUGCGACAAGCCCCUAAUUCUACUUGCCGCGAAUUUCUUGGAAAGCUUCCUUUUUCAGCGGUUAACAUAUUCGAGAGUUGGCAUUUGGAUGACUACCACUCUUCCGUCCAUGAAUAUAAAAGGCAUCAAGCAUUUUCUUGACCUGGUCAGGAAAUUGUCUACUUCAUUUAUUGAAGAAAAGAGAGAAAGCAUAGUGCAAUGGGAACUCCUGCCUUCUGCUACGAGGCUCGUGGAGGCCGGAAUCAAAUUCAAAAGGGGUGCGUAUGGAAGCCGAUUGGAGGUAAAAUUUAUUGAUGGUGUUCUAGAAAUUCCUCCAUUUCAAAUUGACGACGUAACAGAAACAGUGUUUCGAAAUCUUAUCAGCUAUGAACAAUGUCACCCCAAAUGUGAAGCUAGGAUCACUUCCUAUGCCAUACUCCUAGACAACCUCAUAAAUACUGCCAAGGACAUAGAUAUUCUAUGCAAGAAUCAGAUAAUUCAUAACUGGUUGAAUCCUGAGGAUGCGGCCCAGCUCUUCAACAAGCUUUACCGAGAUACUUACUUGGAACACUUCUACUACACAAACCUUUGCAAGCAAGUGAAUAGUUUUUGCAAGCGUAGGUGGCCUAGAUGGCGUGCAGUGUUUGUGCGCAAUUAUUUCAACACACCAUGGGCUUUCCUUUCGACAUUAGCUGCAGUUUGCCUAUUGGUCAUGACCUUGUUACAAACUUUGUACACCAUUGGUGGCCGCGACGGAUCUAAAAAUUUGUAUUAG